AUGGACGAGGACUCGGAUGAAGACGAUGAAAUUGAGGUACAACCAAACCCAUUUGUUUUAGAUGAAUUCAUAAGGGACGGCACAUUGUACUCUCGAGACAACAAGUUGGACGAAGAUUUCAAUUUUCUCCUUGCAUUCGUUCCUGCAUUGUUCAAGACCAUAAAAGAUGAAAGUGAAAUGCUUCUGUGUGAGCAUUGGCUUGAUCGAUUGAUUGGUUUUCCAGCCCACAAAACAUAUGAGAAAAGAGAAAGAAAUAUUUAUAUAACUAAUCUGUUAUUAAAUAUUGGUAAAGGUGAAUUAUUAGAUCCUUUUGAUAAAGAUCCUCCAAUUAAACUUUUACCAGGAAUACAAGUAUUCGGUGGAAGAUUAGAACCCGAUAUUUGUUAUCGUGACGUAAAUCUUGAAGCUGAAGAUUUUGCAGAGUACUCCCAAGAGAGCCGAACAUUUUUUGCUGCUAAAGCAUUACCGAAUGGUAAUGGAGCUUUUGGUUACCUCGCUGUUUCCUUGGGAGGUGGUGAUGCCGUGUGGCUUGACUGUCAAGGCAAUGACGUUGAUCCCAGUAAAAUGAGAAGAAAAAAAUCUUGUGGCAGUGAAUCUAAGGAAAAUGAUCAGAUCUAUGAAAAACUGGAAAACGUAAUCUCAAAAAGAAGUCCACAAAAGGAUCGUUCAGAGCUACUUCCAUAUUAUUAUGGUCUGAUGCAAAGAAUUAGAGAAAUAGCCAAUAGUGUUGAAUCUGGGUGUGAAAUUUAUGAUCCAAUGAUUGAAAAGAUGGUAGAAGACUUACAGUUGGAUAUCAUGGCUGAAGGAAAAAUAGAUGCAUCAGAGAUCAGCCACACCAACAAAAGAAGUUGGCUUUGUGCUUUGGAGAAAAAAAUUGAAAAGUUGAUGGAAGCUGCAGAAGAAAGGGAGCUGGCUCUAAGUCAACUUGAAAAGGUUCUGGUUGAGCAUGAAAAGGAUAAAAUUACUUUUUUGGAUGUUUCCAGUGCAAUCAGACAUCCUAAAAUGGAUCCUAUAUUAACUGAAGCUGUUAGGGACAGACCUUCUGAACAUAAUGUUGUUAGACUUAAGAAUAACUAUCCAGAAGAUAUUGUUACUGCAUUUCUGAAACUAUUAGAAACUGAAAAAAUGAUUGCAGUAAAUCAAGAAAGAAUGGAAUAUGACCAGUUUGUCAUGCAUAUGCGUGCAGAGGUUCUGAAUGAAGCAAGAUAUGGGUUACAAAGAUAUAAUGAUAUUCGAAAAGAGUUGCGUCGUGUUUCAGAAGUUAUGAAAAAAGUUGAGGACAUUAAAUCAAAACUACUAAAAGAAUUAGAAACAACUGGCAGUGCUGCAGAAACUAGUCAACAUGAAGAAGAGCAUUUAAUAGAUAAUGAAAUCGAGGAUGCAAAAACUAGAUUAGAGGAAAGUCAAGCCCAAAGUGAUAAAAUUGAAGGAAAAAUAGCCAAGCUGCAUGAUCAGAUUCAUCAGCUUACUUCAGAAUACUAUAAAAUGGAGGAAGAAGGAAACAGUGAAUUGGAUAAUAAUAUUAAAGAAAUUUCAGAUUUGCGAGCUCAAGUUGCAUCUCAGGAAAGAAAACUGUUUAUGUUAAAAAACAAAGUGGAACAAAAACAAAAAUCAGCUGAUUGUAAACCAUGUAGCUGA